AUGAAUAAGAGUUUCAUUUAUCAUAACAUCACCAGGGCGUUGACGAAACCAAAAUCAGAGCUUACUCCCGAGGAAUUGGCGAGACAGGAAGAGGAGGAAUUCAAUACCGGACCUUUGUCCGUCCUAACACAAUCGGUCAAAAACAACACCCAGGUGUUGAUAAACUGCCGCAACAACAAGAAACUAUUAGGCCGCGUGAAAGCCUUCGAUCGGCACUGUAACAUGGUUCUGGAAAAUGUUAAGGAAAUGUGGACGGAAAUACCACGAACUGGGAAAGGCAAAAAGAAAGUGAAGCCUGUGAACAAGGACAGAUUUAUUUCAAAAAUGUUUCUCAGAGGAGAUUCAGUUAUUUUGGUUCUUCGCAAUCCGCAGGCCACUGCUGCUGGUAAAUGA